CACGUGGCCGCGCGCGGACCAAUCACCGCGCACCCUGGGCGCUCUCGCGCGCGUCAGAGUCGCUUUACGCUCCGGGAACCAGUAUCUCCUUUUUUCAGUCUCUGGGCUUUUUAAAAAAGAGCCAGAAGCGUCAAUGUUGGAUGCCGUGCUAUGACAACGUCACUGCUCCUCCGUCCGCGCUGGGUCGACCAGUCGGUGAUGUUCCUCUACGACAACGGCGGCGGCUCAGAUGAAGUGAGCAAGAACAUGGAGGGUUUUACUGGUGGCAACUUUGCUGCGAACCAGUGCAGGAAUCUGAUGGCGCACCCCGCGUCCCUGGCACCGAGCACGGCGUACUCCUCCAGCGACGUGCCCACCUCCGGCAUAGGCGAGCCAGUCAAGCAGUGCAGCCCGUGCUCUGCAGCCCAGAAUUCCUCCAGCGCCUCCCUGCCUUAUGGGUAUUUCGGUAGCAGCUAUUACCCGUGCAGGAUGUCGCCUCACAGCAGCAUAAAGCCGUGCGGAGCGCAGCCAGCCUCCGCCUAUGGGGAGAAAUACAUGGACACGUCGGGAGAAGACUUCGCGUCUCGGGCAAAGGAAUUUGCGUUUUAUCCCACCUACCCCUCGGGUCCGUAUCAACCUGUCCCCAGUUACCUGGACGUGCCCGUGGUGCCAACCAUCAGCGCGCCGUCCGAGGCCAGACACGACUCCCUGUUACCCAUGGAGAGCUACCAACCGUGGACGCUCGCCGCCAACGGCUGGAACGGACAGGUUUACUGCCCCAAAGACCAGCCGCAGCCCGGACACAUGUGGAAGUCCUCCAUACCAGACGCAGUGUCUCACGCCGGGGGAGAUUCUGGCUCCUAUCGACGUGGAAGAAAGAAGCGCGUGCCGUACACUAAGGUGCAACUGAAGGAACUCGAGCGCGAGUACGCCGCCAAUAAAUUUAUCACGAAGGACAAAAGGAGGAGGAUAUCUGCCCAGACAAACCUGUCGGAGAGGCAGGUCACGAUAUGGUUUCAAAACAGACGCGUAAAGGAGAAGAAAAUUGUCAACAAAUUAAAAACUGUCAGCUAGUUUUUUUCUUAAUUAUUUUAAAUCACGGACAACAUCUGUGGGAGAAACUAUAGGCCCACACAUACGCACACACAUACACUCUCACACACACACACACACACACACACACACACACACACACACACACACACACACACACACGAUCACAGAUGGAUUGGAACAGCAAUCCGCUGGAACAAAACAGCCCUCCUUCCUGACUGAACCUGAUUAAUUUGUAUGUUGCCAAAUGAUUUCCCGGAGCUUCCGACACAACAUUUCCGUCCGCGACCCUGUGAAUGGACCCUCUCUUUCCUGCCACUUGAUGUUAACUGUUGUCUAAGGAGUUGAUUUUUUGAGAACAGAGAACAUAUGUGUUUGCAGUAUGUCUGGCUUUUUUUUCUCAGAAAACGUUGUCCCCGCUUCAGAAAGCUUUGCGCCACCGAGCUACACCUUUAUCUGCUUUUUUUAUUGAUAGUGGUAAAAACGAAGAUUCACAGGAAGUGACGGUGUUACAGACUUGGACCUUGGGAGUGUUAAAUAUUAAUCUAUCCUGGCUUCCCUUAAAACCCACUCACAUGCUUGAUUUGUAUGAAGUUUAGUCUUAUCAUAUGAAUCCGUGCUCUCAUUCCUAUCCAAUCCAUGGUGCAAUUCUUAUUAUAAUGCUUAGAUAAUCAUCCGGGAUAUGUUUAUAUCGAUCAUAGCUUUAUAUAAUGCGUGCGUAUUCAUGUGGUUGUGUAUAAAGUAAAAUCUGGCAUGAUAUCCAG